UCAACGAAGUGAACAAUCACUCCUGCGUCCAUCUGCUGAGCUAUUACCCUUCCUCGCCGUGGAGAUAGAUCAGCGAGAUGUCAGCUGCGUUUUCCUGUUUGAAUAUCAUAAAGAUGUGCUGCUUUUAAUAUAUUUCGGAAUUUCUUCCCCACCCCGCUCUUUCCUGGAAUCUUAACUCUGAAAGAUUGGAAAAAAGAUUACCAGAAAGGCUUUUACAAGCCUCCAAAAUGAUGCUGAGUCCGGACCAAGCCGCAGACUCGGAUCACCCCAGCUCUUCGCACUCGGAUCCGGAGUCGCUCGGAGGGGCAGAUGCCAAGGUGCUAGGCAGUGUGUCGGACCUGGAGCCGGUGGAGGAGGUCGAGGGCGAUGGCAAGGGAGGAGGCAACCGGGGGACCCUCUACCCGCACCCCCAGCAGCUGAGCCGGGAGGAGAAGCGACGCCGCCGGCGCGCCACGGCCAAGUACCGCUCGGCGCACGCCACCCGGGAGCGCAUCCGAGUGGAGGCCUUCAACUUGGCCUUCGCCGAGCUCCGCAAGCUGCUGCCCACUCUGCCCCCCGACAAGAAGCUCUCCAAAAUCGAGAUCCUGCGCCUCGCCAUCUGCUACAUCUCCUAUCUCAACCACGUUCUGGAUGUGUAGUAGGUAGAGGAGGCGUUUUUUGCGCGCCCCGUGCGCCCUGCAGCCGGUGCCAAACCCCCCUGGAACCCUGCGGGGAUGGAGGAGAGGGUGGCCAAGAAGGACUUGUACGGAAGCGAGAAGCUCCCACGGUGGCCUCUAGGGCCUGCUGGGUCCAACAGGGGAGGUGGGCUUGUCUGGAGAGCCCUCCAAACUUGCAAAAUGAGGGGUCUUGCAUGGGGAGCAUUGUCCAGGCCCUGCAAAAGAAGCUCCUUCUGGGGGGUGCCUAGCUCCCUUGGCUUCUCCUCCAGUGUUAGGAUCCCUCUAAGGGUUGUUUGCUUUAGCUCUCUGGAGACUUUAAGUCCUCCCCUACUUUAA